AUGGAGGAAGAGUGCGAGGAGAGCACGAGCCUCCCCGUGCGGUACCGUCCCGAGUCACCCGCUGCCCUGGCGUGCGCCUCCCGGGUUCACUGCGAGUUUCUCGACACGCUGUCACGGGUUGCACGUGGUUCUGUUCAAGAGAAACUCUACAGGGUCUUCGCGCUAUACAAUGUCGACGGUGAUGGGCGGAUCUCCAGGUCAGAGAUGCUGGCUGUAGUGCAAGCAGUAUAUGAACUACUUGGGUGGGCGGCGGCGCCCCCCGUACUUCCGGCAUCUGCUAAGGAUCACGUAGAUAAAGUCUUUGACCUGAUGGACACGAACGGCAACGGCGUGGUGAGUCCGGAUGAGCUGGCACGCUGGCACGAGCCGGCGCUGCUGCAGUCGCUACAGACGCUGGACACGGUGUUGUGA